CUGAAAUUUUCAGUCCGGCCCACAUUUUAGUCUAAUAGAGAAAAAAGUAAAUGCUUGAUUGCUUGAGCUAUUGUGAAAGAGCGGUGAAGAAGAACGUUAUCCGACGAAACCUUGAUGGAGCUUGUAAUUAAAACUAAAGAAACUUCGCUAUUUAUAAAUUUUCUUAACAUUUCUAUUGUUUAAGAAAAUACACACCAUUGUUGUAGGACAAUUUUUUUGUUCUUAGUGUAGGAAUAAUCAACAAGUCGAAUUUCUGGAGGUGAAUGCUUAUAAAAGCGCAAACAGUCAUUUUGUAGUUAUUAGUUGUCAUUGCUAUGCAGUAACAUAAUAAACGGAGGAAAUUCUAUCAAUAUUAUUUAAUUUAUUUGAAUGAUUAAAAUAUAUUAUUGGAAAACAUAAAACAAUAAAAUAGUAUGGCUCUAUUAAAGUGUAGCCAGGUGCUGUCUGUAGCUUUGUUAUGCACAGUGAUAAUAGCAGAAAAUGCAAUUCAUGCGGUGCCUAGUUCCAAGCAAGUUAUAACAUCCAGUCACUCACAUGACUUAGAUGGUGGUAUUGAUAGAGAAAAAGACGAUUUGCUAUCCUCUUCCUCCAUUGGUUAUGGGUACUACUCGUACCCUUACUUGAAUGGUGGUUUUUAUGGGGGAUACUAUCCAUAUUAUGGCGGCAUAUAUGGUUUAGGUUAUCCUUAUUAUGGUGGCUAUUAUGGCGGUCAUCACGGCUUCCAUGGCCAUUACUGGUAAAGCUAUAUGCUGGAAUAUAUGUGUGUGUAGCGGGUAUAUAAAAGUAAAAAUUCUGUAUUUUUUGCUCAAAAAAUAGUAAAACUAAAAUAUUAGUAGUGUUAAUUAAAUUAUUAUGCCUAUCUAGAAAUUAAAUGAAAUCUAUUUAGCACAACCGCAAGUGGAAAUAGUUUUUCAGGAUUAUCAUACAAAAAAAGUAAAAAUAUUUAAAAAAUAAAAUGUAUAUUUCUU